CCGGGUUACGCUUCCGAAACAUUUCCGGUAUGCAAAAAGGCGUAUCCCCGUUGGUGACUUUGUCUUUAGGAACUUCUGGUGGAUGUAUUUUUAUGCGUCAGUACUAAACGGCUUGCUGCAGUCCAACAAAAAUCUUUUUCUUGUUUGUUGAAAAGGAUCAAGUAUUUGCAGUAACGAUUCCAGCAGGUUCGCGAAGGCGACAAAACCUAGUUAACUCCAGCUAGAUUUGAACGCACCAGCAUCCGACUUGUCCACUGUUUAACAGAAAGGUACUUCAUACGGGAAGAUGGGAGAUACGCAACUGAUAUGGGCAUUGAAAACUGGAGACCUAGACGAGGUCAAAAUGAAACUGAAAACGAAAGAAGACGCAAACCGCCUCUUGGAAAGCACUGGGUACCCUAUUCAUUUUGUUUCAGACUUCGGGCACAAAGAUGUUUUGGAAUACCUCAUUUCUAUUGGAGCAGACGUUAAUGCCAAAGACAAAUAUGGGAUGACUCCACUGCUGAGUGCCUGCUAUGAGAAUCACGUCGCCUGCGUCAAGCUCCUGCUAGAAAAGGGAGCUGACAAACGCAUAAAAGGACCUGAUAACCAAACAGCCAUAGAUGUUGCCGACAGUGAAGAAAUGAAGGCUCUGUUUAAGUGAAACGCCACAGUGUGGGGGGGUGGCAUACAGACGGACGCAGUGCUACUCGACAGAAGACGGACUCACCCCUUUUACUCCAAUCCACCUCUGUCCUUUCACUGCUUUUGCCUGUUUGUUGGAGGCUCAUUUAAUCUGCAUUUCCUUUACAUUGUUAUUUUUUUCCCCAACUUUCUGGGGCAUAAUUUUUAUUUUCUUCUUCUUUUGGUCUUUGUCUGUAGCCGUUUCAUAAAAGACACACUAUGUCUCCCUUUGGGAUCAAAUACUUUGAGAGUGCUGUUAAAAUCCACUUGGGGACACUCAUCUUCCAAAACUGUAAAGAAAUUAAGCAGUAGUCGUAGUAGACGAAGUGUUUUAUUAUUUUUUUCUGGUCUUAUUUCUUGAACAGCUAUUGUACUGUGAGGCUGAAACGAUGAGUUCUGAAGCUGCCUGGUUUCUAUGGCCUCUUCUUCUGACCAAACUCUUGAAUCUGUUAGAUGGAGAGGACGCUCCUCUGCACUGCAACACUCUCAUAUCAAAGCCCUUUUCUUACAUUAUUAAUGCAUUUAGGAUCUUAUUUUGACCAAUCACAAUGCUGGCUAACUAGAAAGACUUGAAUGUUGCAGCUUUAAAAUGGCAUUAAACUUGUAACAACGCAUCCCAAACGCUACCCAAUUUGGACUCUUAGGUUUUAUUUUGUCCUUUUUUUUUGCAGUGGAUUUCUAUUUUUGUGUGAAUCUAAUAGUAUCAAUCAGAGAUCUCUAAAGAGAGAUGGGGGGGGGGGGUGGAUUGUGGGGGCUGCGAAGAUACUCUUUGCCUUGGAUUUGAUUAGACUUCCUGCCUAUUUUGCUGCAUGUGAAACCUGCCUUUGCUUAAGACAUGGUCACUGUCUUCUUGGGUUGCUUUUGAAUAAAUUACUAUGUAACGGAUAAAAAAAAAUGCUCUCACUGACUACAUUGUGACAAGGGUCUGUAAAAAAAACAAAUAAAAACAUGAUUAAAAAUGUU